GCCAGGUCCUCAUCAUGCAUGUGUUCGGAGUAUUGCGUGUGCUGCUGUACUCUCAUAUGCUGUCGGAGACAUUAGGGCUGCAGAGAAGCCUGGAUGGAAUAGUUAAACUACCGCACCAUAGGAUUUCCACAGAGCGUAUUCCUCGGCAUCAUUUACCUUCGUACAUGAUGCACCUUUAUCGGACUUUUACCAGCAAUCACACGCGACCAGUGGAAUUAAUGGAGGAGGACACGGUCAAACAAGCGGACACUGUUCGGAGUAUAAUGGCAAAAAGUCUGGACCACAGAGGCAGACACUGGGUGGUGACCUUUGACUUCUCCUCACUGCUGGCUGACGUAAAGAUCCAGGCCACCGAGCUCCGGAUCCGGCUGCCCCGGGUCCCUAACCGAGUGGACAUCACUGUGGAGCUGCUGCACAAGCAGGCCCACCCCUGCCAGAUGCAGGCCCCCUGCAUGGAGCAGCAGUCCCUGGGCCUCCUCCCUGCCUCUUCCAUGGUCAGCUCUUCAGGCCACUGGAGGGUGUACAAUGUCACCAAUCAAGUCCUGGGCUGGAUGGGUGAACAACCUCCAGGCAGAGCAUGGAGGCCACCAAAGGUGAAGAGAGAUGUGGAGGCUCAGCACGGCUCGCUCCGCUCUACGUCCACAAAGCCCCGGCAUUUCGUCAGUAACCGGGCACUUUUGGUGGUUUUCUCGCACACCAGCUCAGAGAAGGGGUCGCAGGACAAGGCCAGCCUGCUGCACACGGCCGAAAAAUCCAAGUUCCUUUUCAACACCGAAAACAAGGAGGUGAAGAAGCCUAAGCGGCAAAGGAGCAAGCGUGGGCGUCGAGGGCAGCCCCUGAGGUUCCUGGAGGUGCCCAAGAAAGAGGAGCCCACGUCGCUCUGCCGGAGGGUGAAGAUGGAUGUGGAUUUCAACCAGAUAGGCUGGGGCUCAUGGAUUGUGUUCCCCAAGAAGUACAACGCCUAUCGGUGCGAGGGAACCUGCCCCGAUCCUCUUGGAGAGGAGUUCCAGCCGACAAAUCAUGCUUACAUGCAGAGUCUCUUGAAGUACUACCACCCAAACAGAGUCGCCUCGGCCUGCUGCGCCCCCACUAAAAUGAGCCCUUUGAGCAUGCUCUACUACGAGAACGGGGAGAUGCUUCUUAGGCAUCAUGAAGAUAUGAUUGUGGAUGAGUGUGGCUGCCACUGAAAUCAAAUGAGCUUCUCCACAAUGCUGACUGCAGUAGAUGAGAAUUCUGCCACAGAGGGGACAUCAAGGCCUUUCCUGUAGACGUAUCAAAGGAUGCUGCUAAAGAGCAAGGCUGGGAGACUGGGAACUAUCGGCAACAGCCUGGACAGCCGAUUUGGUUUUCUGAGAUGAAACAAUCUACAGUUGUCUACUCACAGAAACAUCGCUGUAAAGCUAAAUUGGACACGGACAGGGAGAUGCCUCAUCUGGACUAAUCUAAAACACUUAAAAGAGGAUAUGUGAGCUCUUCCAUGUUGUGUUGUCUGCCACACCUAGUAUGACACCUAGGAUUUAAGAGACAACCUAAAUGUCCAUGGAUGCUCUGAAAGCCUUAUACUGAGGCAUAAGUCAGUGAGCUCAUAGACAUUUCAAGCACUGUUGAUGUAUUUUCAUUUUCAUACUAAUUGUAAAUAAGAUUUAACU